CCGAGUUCCAGUAGUAGCAUAAGCUAGCUAGACAAUUGAGCAGUGACAAGCAAGCAAGAGAGAGCUGUAGCUUGUUUAAGAUGGUAGAGAAGGUGGGUGUGGAGAGGAUCGCGAUGCCCGUCACGGUGAGGGAGCUUGACAUGGAGAGGGACCUGCCGGCGGUGGAGGAGCUCGAGCGACAGUGCCAGGUCGGCAUCUCCGGCGACCAGGGAUCCGCAGCGGCCGACAGCGCGAAGAAGAGCAAGAAGAAGAAGAGGGAGUGCAUGUCGCUGUGCGUCGAGCAGAUCGGCGACCCGCUGGCCCGUGUCCGUCACGCCCCGGAGCAUGUCAUGCUGGUUGCUGAGUGCGGGGAGAAGAUGGUCGGGGUCAUCAAGGCCUGCACCAAGAUGGUGAGCCGAGGAAGCACCAGCAGCAGCAAGAACACCUCGUCGUCGUCGUCGUCGUCGCCGUCGUCGGUCUCGCCUACACAGCAGCAACCGUACGUGAAGGUCGCCUUUCUUCUCGGCCUGAGGGUUUCUCCCUACCACAGGCGUCUGGGCAUCGGGACGACGCUGGUGCGGGCGGCGGAAGAGUGGUCGCGGGCGCACGGGGCUGCGCACGCGACCAUGGCGACGACGGUGUCCAACAAGGCGUCGCUGGCGCUCUUCGCCGGCCGGUUCGGCUACGCGCCGUUCCGCCGGCCGGUGCUCCUGGGGCGCCCCGUGCACGCGCGCCGUCUGCCGCUCAAGCGCCACCACCGCGUGUUCCAGCUGCAGCCGGCGCUCGCCGCGGCCGCCUACGCGCGCCUGCUCCCGCCGCAGGACACUGAGUUCCUUCCCGCCGACAUGCCGGCGCUCCUCGCCCACAAGCUCACGCUCGGCACCUUCGUCGCCAUCGAGGGCUCCGACCACCACACGGCCACCACCGGCGCCGCAACCACCGACGCGGAGCAGCCGUCGUUCGCCGUGCUCAGCGUGUGGGACUCCACCCGCUCGCUCAGCAUGCGCGUGGGCGGCGCGCCAGCGCUGCUCCGGCACUCCCUCGCCGCGGUCCGUGCGCUGGACCGCGCCGCGCCGUGGAUGCGCGUGCCCUCCGUGCCGGACAUCUUCCGUCCCUUCGGCGCCUACCUCCUCUACGGCGUCCGCAUGUCCGGGCCGGCGGGCCCCGCCCUGCUCCGCACGCUAUGCCGCCACGCGCACAACGUGGCGCGCAAGAACCCCGCCUGCGCCGUCGUGGCCGCAGACCUCGCCCCCGGCGACCUCGCCGCCGCCGCUGUCCCAAGCUGGCGCCGCUUCUCCUGCGACGAGGACGUCUGGUGCAUCAAGAAUCUCAGCGAUGGCAAUGCUGACCCCUCCGACGACGACGACUGGGCGGCGCCUGCUCCGCCGGGUAGUGUGCUUUUCGUGGACCCCCGCGAGUUCUGAGUUCUGACGUCGCCAUUGCAAUGCCAUUGCCAUGCACGGCGGCGCAGGCAGGAGUAGGCAGAGGCUAAAGCCGCCAUCACCUCGUCUCUGCCCAAUUUUGACGGAAAUGUACACAACACUUGGUACUGCAGCGGCAAUUACCUGCCUUGCCACUUGCUGUAUCAACUCCCCCAAUUUUAGUACUAGAAAAAACAUCGCCAUUAGCUUAACUUUAGUUUGCUCCUGAAGUGAGAAACCGCAAUGCAUUACAACCUACCUAGUUUA